ACGUGUGAGAAUAGAUAAGCGUGUAAAUAUUACACGUAUCAGAACACGUUGAGAUAAGUUUGUUAGCCGUAAAAGCUGGACUGGGAACAGUACGGGGGGCAAGACGAGGCCAGCCAUCACAACAGGCCUAGGGCGAGGAGCCGCGUGAGGCACACAGAAAUAGCAGCAUCACUGGCAACAAGCAGGAUGGGUGAACGCCUGCAGUCAGUGCCAGAGGUGGACCAGAAAACCUUCAGUAAUGAAGAGGAGAAGGUGCUGGAAUUGUGGAAUAAACUUGAUGCAUUUCAUUCCAGCCUGAAGCAGAGCAAAGACCGGCCAAGGUUCACCUUCUAUGACGGCCCACCCUUUGCCACGGGGUUGCCACACUAUGGGCACAUUCUGGCAGGCACCAUCAAGGAUGUGGUGACACGGUGGGCACACCAAAAUGGUUACCAUGUGGAGAGACGCUUUGGCUGGGACACCCAUGGCCUUCCUGUGGAGUAUGAGAUAGACAAGACUCACGGCAUCACAGGUCCUGAGGACGUGGCAGCAAUGGGCAUCAAGCAAUACAAUGAGCUGUGUCGGGGCAUUGUGAGUCGCUACGCUAGUGAGUGGGAGCAGGUCAUCACCCGCCUUGGUCGCUGGAUUGAUUUUCGUAAUGACUACAAGACGCUGUACCCAUGGUUCAUGGAGAGUGUGUGGUGGGUGUUUGCACAGUUGUACCAGAAAGGUUUGGUGUACCGUGGCUUCAAGGUGAUGCCUUUCUCCACUGCUUGCUCUACCCCGCUCUCCAAUUUUGAGGCUGGACAAAACUACAAGGACACCCAGGACCCCUCUGUGGUGGCCAGUUUCCCUGUGGUGGGGCAAGAAGGGGUGGCCUUAGUGGCCUGGACCACCACUCCCUGGACACUGCCCUCCAACCUGGCACUUUGUGUCAAUCCUGAACUAGACUAUGUAAAGGUCCAAGGAAAGACUGAGGAACGGCCAGGCAUCUACAUUAUGAUGGAGGCACGACUCUGCCAGGUCUUCAAGAGUGAAGGACAGUAUGAAGUGCUGGAAAAGUUCAAGGGUCGGGAGCUGGAAGGAAUGCGCUAUCAGCCACUCUUUGACUACUUCCAGCAUAGGGGUUCACGGGGUGCAUUCCGGGUCCUGUGCGAUGGCUACGUGAGCAGUGAGUCAGGCACGGGUGUGGUACACCAGGCACCGUACUUUGGUGAAGACGAUUUCCGAGUCUGCCUUGGCUAUGGCAUCAUUGACCGUGAUGAUGAGGAGCCCAUCUGUCCCGUGGAUGACGCUGGACGGUUCACUCCUGCUGUCAGAGAUUUCCAGGGGAAGCAUGUGAAGGAAGCAGACCCGGCCAUCUUGAAAGAGUUGCAGACGCGUGGCCGGAUAGUGGUAGCCGAAACAGUUUACCAUAGCUACCCAUUCUGCUGGCGGUCAGACACGCCGCUCAUAUAUCGUGCAGUGCCAUCUUGGUUCAUCAGGGUGGAGCAAAUGCAGGAUAAGCUGCUGGAGGCCAAUGAGAAGACGUACUGGGUUCCUGGCUUUGUCAAGGAAAAAAGAUUUGCAAACUGGCUGAGGGAGGCACGUGACUGGGCUGUGAGCCGUAAGAGGUAUUGGGGCACCCCGAUUCCUUUAUGGACCUCAGAAGACUUCUCUGAGGUGGUAUGUGUGAGCAGUGUGGAGGAGCUGGAGAGACUAACGGGACAGAAGGUGACUGACCUGCACCGGGAUAACAUUGACCACCUCACUAUCCCCUCGGCUCGUCCUGGACAGCCUCCUCUCAAACGUGUCCCUGAAGUGUUUGAUUGCUGGUUUGAAUCUGGUUCUAUGCCUUAUGCACAGGUUCAUUAUCCCUUUGAGCGCCGACGUGAGUUUGAAGACUGCUUCCCUGCAGACUUCAUAGCUGAAGGUAUUGAUCAGACAAGAGGUUGGUUUUACACACUGCUGGUGCUUUCCACAGCACUGUUUGGUAAACCACCCUUUAAAAACCUCAUAGCCAAUGGGCUGGUACUGGCUGAGGAUGGACAGAAGAUGAGCAAGCGCAAGAAGAAUUACCCUGACCCCAUGGAAAUUGUACAAGAAUAUGGUGCUGAUGCGCUGCGUCUGUAUCUUACCAACAGUCCUGCUGUUCGUGGGGACAAUCUACGCUUCAAGAAGAGUGAAGUCUUUGGACUGUUGAAGGAGGUGUUUGUCCCGUGGCUGAAUGCCUACCGCUUCUUUGUGCAGCAGGUGGAGAGGUAUGAGAAGGAGGAGGGAGAAAGCUUCUUGGUUCAAGGAGAAGCAUCAGUGGGCCGGUCAACCAAUGUGAUGGAUCGAUGGAUCCUCUCUUUCACCCAGUCACUCCUUGCAGCGGUGCAUCGGGAAAUGAAUGCUUACCGCCUCUAUAACGUCACGCCGCGUCUUGUCAAAUUUGUUGACAAUCUCACCAACUGGUAUGUGAGGUUCAACCGGCGGCGGCUGAAGGGUGAUGGUGGGAGGGAAGACUGUCUGCGUGCACUGGAGACUCUGUGUGCUGUGCUGCUGUCCAUGAUCAGAGUGAUGGCACCUUUUACACCCUUCAUCACAGAGACCAUGUACCAGAAUAUAAAGAAUGUAGUGGAGCCUGGAGCCUUUGGACAGGGUGAUACAGGAUCAGUGCACUACCUGAGUGUGCCUCAGCCAAUUGAGGCACUGAUAAGUCCUGCAACAGAAGCAAGUGUCACUCUUCUACAAAGUGUGGUGGAGCUUGGGCGCUACCUUCGCGACCGCCACAAUUUGCCUCUCAAGUAUCCACUGCAGGAGGUGGUGGUUGUGGUGCAGGGAGGAGAGAGUGCUCUGCAUUCCUUGCUAAGCCUUGAAGACUACAUCAAAGAAGAGCUCAACGUUCGCUGUCUCACCACCUCCACCGAUCGCUCUCGCUAUGGCGUCACCCUCACUGCAGACAUUAACUUCCGCAGCCUUGGGGCACGUCUGAAGGGGGAUGUGAAGGCAGUGCAGCGAGUGGUGUGUGGGUUGUCUGAUGCAGAGGUGCAGGGAAUGUUGGAGCGUGGCAGCCUGGAUGUGCUCGGCCAUACACUGCUGCCUGAUGAUGUAGUGGUCAAGUAUGGAUUUACAGGCAAGGGGGGACACUAUGAGGCCCAUGCUGACCAGAGUGCCCUGGUGCUGCUAGAUACCACACCAUCAGAAGAGUUGUUAGCUGAGGGUCUGGCCAGGGAGGUGGUCAAUCGUAUCCAACGCCUCCGCAAGAAGGCCCGCCUGGUGCCCACUGAUGAGGUGACUGUGUGGCUUGCUGUGGAUGACCCAAAGUCUCAGUUAGCUCUUAUAGUGGACUCUCACAAGCAAUUCAUUGAGACAACCUCUCGUACACCUUGCAGACUUGGAAAGUUUGAGGCUGGGAUGGGUGAGGUUGUUAUUCAGGAUGAUUGUCCCGUCAAGGAGAGCAUGCUCAAUCUGACCAUCACUCGUGGCUUCCAAGGAAGUAAAAGUGGAGCUACAUUGGACUCAGGGAUGACACCUGUGACAGCAGCACCCACCACUGCAGCUGUGGUGAAGGGUGGGCCAGUUUGUCCUUGGGUUAAUGUGGUGCUGGAUGGCACUCCUCGUCAUGGUACUGCCAGCUGCAGUGCCACUUUACUGUUGGAGAAUCCUGUUGGUCAUCCAGUUGUCACCUCAACUGCUCAGCUGUUAGAGGAAGCUCGUUCUGUGUUUGGCUUCCCAGCUGGACAGGCUCGCCUCUUUGUGGAGCGGCAACCUCUCUCUCCCAAUGCCCCAGCUACUACAGUGGCGGGGAAAACACUGGUCAUCACUUAUGGGCGAGAAAAGGUGCCUGCUGCAACUUCUGCCCUUAAGCCUUAUAGCAGGUACAUCAAUGUGGAAUGUGGAGGCAGUAGCAAUGGGCUGCGGGGAUGUGUGUUGCUGGAGAAUCCAUGUGGUGGUGGGCUUGUGUCCCAGCAUGCCCUCACUGCUCUCCUCCAGAAGAUCUUUAAUCUUCAUUCCAACACUGCUCCACCUUCCCUCUUUGCUGAUAAGGCCAAGAAAUCAGCACUUAGCCUUGACGCACUGGCCAGGUUGAGUGGCAGUACUGUUUAUGUCUGAUUUUAAAAAAGGUUAGAGGGAGUUGAUAAGAAAAGCAUUAGACUGAAUGUGGGAUCCAAAUGAAUUAAAUGGGUUUCAAGCUCCAAGCCAAUAAUUUAGUAUUAGAUGAAGCUGUGACAUGGGCAUGAUAUUAGAUUUGUAGAUAAAAGAGUUGUCAAGAAAAUUGUCCAAACUUAGUACACAAGAGAUUUGAAGGGAACACAAGCCUUUACUACAGUGUGUUAAUGUUGCAGAGUAAUGAAGUUACAUAGGUGACACAAUGUCAGGGAACAAUGACAUGGAGCAGGAUGGGAAAUAUUGAUUAUUUAGGUGAGCAUCAUAUGCAGAUAUUAGCCAAAAUUGCUUCCUGUCAGAUUGGGAUGAACUAUAGUGUAUUAUGGUAAGAUGGAAAGGUUUGCUGUAACAGUUUGCAGCAAGCAGAUUGCCUUUUUUUCUCAGAGAAAGCAGGUCUAGAAACAUAGAGCUAUGUAAAAUUUUGUUAUUAGGUGUAUUAAUAUUUGAAUAGUUUUUCUAUCUGUUGAAUACUGUUUAUUUGUAAUUUACCAUACCCACUGUUCUUUCUGGGAAUAAUUGAAAAAUAUAAUAUUGCUCCUUUU